AUGGGGGAUUCUAAUGCCAGGACCACUAACCCGUCCGAUUUCUCUAAGCAAACCCCGGGACUUGACGACUCCAGUCCCCCUCUUCUGUCACCAUCUACCAGAAACAGUUCCAGUUCCAGUAAAAGUAUAGGCGGCAGACGGGGAGGCGCAGGUGACAAAGUAGAUGUGGCUAACGAAACCCUCCUCGGCUCGAUUUCAAAACCUCCUCCUGCUGCUGCUCCUCAACAUGUCCCCCCUCUACCGUCACCACCACCACCACCCCCAAGCAAAGACCGGUCACAAAUUUCAAACAACCAGACUGCAACGUCGAAGCCCUCAGACCAGCCCUCACCGGAGGAGCCCCGUGCGCCUGUUGAGAACGUGGACGAGGGGGACUAUGCCUCCCCCAUUGGUGCCGCCCCUCACAGUAGGUUACCCACAGAUAUCACUGCCACUCUAGGAGAUGGAGGGAGGUACGGCAAUAUAGAACCCGUAUAUAGAGCAAAGCUUAAAAAAAGGAAAUUUAUCCUUUGCUAUGACUGUGGUUUUACCUCAAGUUCCGAAGAUGAAGGACCGCAGCACCCUCCCGACAAGCCCACUGCGGGCAAAACAUCAGGUCCAAUGCACAGUAGAGAUAAUCUUCGGAAGGCAAUAGAUGACGGGGCGAACCUAGACGAGAUCAAGCUGGCACUGAAGCAAUGGUUGUCGUUAUCAGUGAAGGAUACAAGCUAUAACCCUAUGCUACAGGCGGCGAUGAAGAACGACAUCGAGGUUUGCCAACUACUGAAGGAUGAGGAGCACUUGAAAAUCACCGAUCCUCACGAUUAUUUCUGCGAUUGUUAUCUCGACCGAAACGACACGCUGAAUCACGCGCUUUAUCGUGUGAACGCGUAUAGAGCUAUGACGUCAUCGUCAUAUCUUCUCACACAGAAAGAUCCUGUAAAUAGUGCUUUGAAGUUUAGACAAAAACUGUUCACAAUGGCGAAACAGGAUGAAGAGUUCAAGUCCGAAUAUCUUAAACUGACCCAGAAAUGUGAGACGUUUGCCUGGGAGAUGCUGGACCUGGUCCGGGGUCGAGAUGAGCUGUCCUUGAUCCUGGAUAAAUCAGCCAAUGGGUGUUCAGAAUUAGCGCGAGUGCGAAGAGUUAUGGACGAAGGAGCCAAGAAGUUUGUAGCCCACCCAUACGUCCAGAGGCACUUAAGGAUGGUGUUUUAUGGCGUCGAUCCUAAUAUAAGGCGUCGAAUGCUGACCACAAACAACUUUCUGAAGACAAUCUUCAUCGUGCUGGCGUUGCCAGUUUGGAUUCUGCUGUUCCUGGCUUACAUUCUGUUCGGAUCCUUUGAAACGUUGGAGAAGAAGAGUAAAUUCAUCAAGUGGAACAACAUGUUCUUGAGGACUCCUUGUAUCAAAUUUUACACGCAUAGCUUCUCCUACUUUACGUUUCUUCUGAUCCUGACGAUUUACUUUUUGCCCGAUGAUAAAGCUAAUGUCGCUCAUGCCAAGGAUUUCCGAUGGUCCGAGUAUGCAAUAUUUUUCUACGUGAUAGGCUAUCUUUUAGCUGAGGUAAAGCAGUUGUGUCGGCAGGGAAUGCGCUACUUCCAGAACGCCUUCAACAUUCUGGAUAUCCUCUUGGUUAUGUUUUAUCUUGCCUCCUUUGUCAGUCGUAUAGUCUCGAUUGUCAAAACAAGACAAGCCGCAUUGGAAGUUAACCAAACUACAACAGAGGCGUACACAUACUAUUACCAGAUAGGUCGGUUCGAAUGGGAACUAAAUGAUCCAGAAAUAAUAUCAGACGCCCUGUUUGCGUUGGCGAACAUCAUUAGUUUCUCUAGACUAGUGUACAUUUUACCUACUUUUGAGUCUGUCGGACCACUUCUAGUUGUUUUGGGCAAGAUGAUCAACGAUGUCUUUCGCUUUGCUGCCUUGCUGCUUAUUGUGUUCAUUGCCUUCACUGUUGGACUGCACAACCACUACCACUUUUAUGCGGGCCAAACACUCCCUGAUGGGUCGAAGACUAAUUCUGCAUUCCACGGAUUCUUCAACACAUUUAGCACCCUCAUGUGGUCCAUCUUUGGCUUGGGGGACUCCAGUUCUGUAGAAAUCCACAUGAAACACGCAUUUGUGGAGAUCGUGGGAUUCAUCAUGGUGGCUAUAUUCCAUAUUGUCAUCGUUAUUAUGUUGAUCAAUAUGCUUAUUGCUAUGAUGACAAUCUCUUUUGAAGCCAUUCAUUCCCAAAUGGUUGUUUUACAUCCUCACCUGCAAGAAAUGGCACCCAGUAAAAAGGUGUGUCCUGGCUUUAAUGAUCUUGAAUGA